AAGACACGAACAAUUUAGAGGCAAGCUCAUCAUUUCCUUUUCCUCCCCUAAGUUUAAAUAGACAAACGAUUUUGGGGUUCCUAAAACCCUAAACCCUAAAAUUCUCAAAACACACUGAAUCAACGACGAUGCCAAAACUCCCUGACCACCUCGAGCUCAAGCGCACUCGCGUCUCCUGCAAACUCGAUGCUCCUAAUGACACUGAAUCAAUUUUAUAUUCUGGAGCAUAUGCUUCAAUGGACGUUGAUAAUUCGAGCUUAGAAAGUUUCUUUAAGGACUUUAAAGUCGUUGUCAAUCGUCUUACUGAGGAUGAAAUUGAGUUUGAUAUGAUUGGUAUUGAUGCUGCUUUGGCUAAUGCUUUUCGACGAAUUCUCAUUUCCGAGGUUCCCACAAUGGCCAUUGAGAAGGUUUUUAUAGCAAAAAACACGUCAGUGGUUCAGGAUGAGGUUCUUGCGCACAGAUUGGGGCUCGUUCCCUUAAAAGUUGACCCGAGGUUAUUUUCUUAUAAGUCAGAAAAGGAUGAACCAAAUGAGAAAAACACCAUUGUUUUUGGACUUCAUUCCCGUUGUGAACAAAAAGAACCACGGCGGUCAGUCAAGUCAGAAGAACUGAAUUGGUUGCCAAAAGGGAGUAUGUUCUUAUUGGAGAUAGAAAAUAAAGCAUCAAGUUCAACCACAGCACCCAAAACUUAUACUAAUUUCAAGUCAAGCCAGGAUGGGCUACCUGAAUUAUCAGAAAAUCCAAUUCAUCCUAAGUAUCCUGAUAUCACUUUAGCUAGGAUUGGGCCAGGACAGGAAAUUGAACUUGAAGCACAUGCUGUUAAAGGUGUUGGUAAAGAGCAUGCAAAGUGGUCCCCAGUUGCGACUGCUUGGUACAGGAUGCUUCCUGAGGUUGUUCUUUUGCAAGAUAUUAAAGAUGAAGAGGCAGAAAAGCUGGUACAAAAAUGUCCAGCUAAUGUUUUUGACAUUGAAGACACUCCUACUGGUAAGAAAGCAACAGCCCCACGACCAAGAUCCUGUACCCUUUGCAGAGAAUGCAUUAGAGCGGAAGGAUGGGACAAAUAUGUCGCUUUGCGGCGUAAGAAAGAUCAUUUUAUAUUCACUGUUGAAUCAACUGGAGCGUUGUCUCCUGAGGUGCUAUUUACCGAAGCUGUGAAGAUCUUGGAAGACAAGUGUGAACGUAUCAUUACCGAACUGUCAUAAUUUCACUUGUAUCUGUGAAUGAGAAAAUUGGUUGCAAAACUUAUGCUUAUCCAGCCAAAUCAUUAUUCUACCCCAUCAAGGAGUUUUGGAGGACAAUUCCAACCCUAUAACCUCUCCGGGGUGCUUCAGAAAACCGGAAAUUAGCUGUGUAAAAGGGGUUUUGGUGGUUGUAUAGAUAUCUCUGCCAAAUUCGUUUCAAUCAUUAAACAGCAAGACAAUUAGGAGUUUUAAUAGCCAAUGUUUUGAAUCAAUUUUGUGGCUAUAUUCUGGUCAAAACAAGAACCUGUACCUUACAUGUAAAAUGGCAAGAUUAUUGAUGUGAAACCUGUUAUGGAUAAUGCUUGCUUCAUUUAGCCAUUGUUAUUUCACCUGCA